ACAAUUUUGGAAUCUAUGAAGGAAAUCAAUCCACGUGGAAGUUUCAGAAUAAGCAUGUCCACACCAAAAGAGUCGUCGGCCGAAUCUGAGGCAUCGGGUGGAAAACAAGGAGUGUUGAAGGAUUGCUAUGACCAAUGGUCAAGGUGCUCAACAUGGAGUAGUGCUCUAACUGGCAAGGCGUGGGCUACAUGUGACGAUCAGUGCAAGUCUAAAGGCAAAGAUGGAGGAACAUGCGUUGAGGUUGAUGCGACAUGCCCUGUGUCAAAGAAGGCACUGCAGUGCCAAUGUUAUAAUAACAAAUAAUCAACCGUUGGUUCGGAUGGAUAAUAUGAACAUUAUAUAUCAAUAAUAAUGAAGAUUGUAAUUGAUGAUCUAAUUCGAUGUAAUUUGACUUACAUAUUGAUAGUUAUAUAGCAGAAUGUCCUUUAGUAAACAUUGGUUUUCUAAAUUGAUUAAAAAAUGUUAAUUUGA